AGGAGGCUUCCUAUACGUGCCUACCACUGCACCGGGCAGUUUAAUGCUAUUAUCCAUUUGUUAGGAUCGAACAAUAGUUCAAUGGGAUGCUGCGCGCUGCCAGAGCACUAUCGAUACAGCCAGUGAAGACGCUGCCGUGUGAUGUGAGAUCUAGCAAACAGCAUAAAUAGCAUUCAUAAACGGCGAUUCUGGGCAUUUUGUAAGUGAAAACCUUAGGAGUAGGAUUGUUGUGAUUCUAGGCGCAGUGAAAGUGAGUAAUGCAAUUUAUUAAGUUAUUGCAAUUGAGUUCAAUAGUGCAAUCUGCUUCACCGAAGAUGCAUUCUGGAAACCCCUGGUCUAGUAGAAGCGGCAUAGUUGGUGCUGCUGGUGGUAUAGCAACCGGGUGUGGAGGAGUGGUUCAGCGACGAGUGUAGUGAUAUAACGUCAUCGUUAGGAGUGGAUCGCAGUGCUAAAGCGAGCCCUUUUUUCCGACAGAUACCUAGUGAACUUUUUUGGGUGAUACUACGUUGACCAAUGUCCAGAACGGUUUGGAUAAACGCAUAGAGCUUCAAGGUCGCGCCAAUUACGAACGUUCAAACUGGAACAGGAAUGUGUGUUAUAAAUAGCCAGCAGUGGAAAAUUACUGAGGACUGAGGAUCGGUACUGAAAAAGAUUGCAUUUCUCAAAGUGAAGGAGAAAGAGAUACCUAUCGCGUUCAGUUCAGAUCGAGAUCAGCUGUGUUCGCGCGUGCAAGUGUUGUUGUGUUGCGUCGCUCGUGUUCUGGGGGGAAAAAAUCAUCGAUCAUGGUUCUGCAGUGGUAAAGCCGGGCUCUUCCUUCGAUAACUAUGGCCAACCGGUCCUCGUUCGGAUACAUAACUUUUAUUGUGACCUGUAUGUGCAGUCGUUAAACUUUAGUCUCACGUUCCAUAGUGGAUGUUCUAUAUCGUUUAUCAGUUCAACGCAGAUCGGUGUGUAGCAUCUCGCGGCAAGACAAAAACUCGUGCGAUUAGAUAGAUAGGCUGUGUGCUGUAUCAUGUGUGCGCCAAAAGUGUGAAUUGUUUAAACAUUCCGGAACGUACUAUAACGGGAAGAGAAUAUCGGACCAGUUGGAUGAAAGCCUCCCCCGAUAAGUAUGGAUGUGUGAUAGUAGUGCAGUGUGGGCCAGGCUAGCGACCAACCCCCAACCAGCGAGCAAACCAGCCAGCACCAGUGCGCGAAGAUCGUCGCUGUGGCACCAACAACCACUUGGUAUUUCUCUCGGUGGACGCGUCGUCGCGUGGUCGGGUGUGCCUGUGUAUAGUACCGUCUCGAUGUUUACAAUUUUCGCCGCGCGUUAGAAGCCCUUCAAUGACGCCGGCAUAUGGGUGGUGUUAUUUAUAAGCAAUUGAAAGAGUGAUUUUUUGCGCAAAGUGCAACAAGUUGUGUUACUGUUUUUGGUUGUAUUGUAAGAGCCGGCUCAGAAUAGCGUUCCAAGUAAUGACCCCGGGUCGCACGAUUAGGAUGGAUCGGAGCGGUGUAAUUGGCGCCGGGCUUAAUGCUGGCGCCAGCACUAGCAGCGAACAGCGUAAGAAAACCGGAGAAACUAUCCACUCCGGACAGUUUAUGGUUUCCCAUUUCGAAACGGAAGGCCAGGAGGACGAAGAUGACGACGAUUUGGGGAUGCAAGUGGUGGUCGAAGAUGUCAAGCCGGCCAUCGUUGAUACCGUCAUUUCAAACAUCAUCUCAAAGCGGAAUCCGGAGCUGUCGAUGCAUAGUGCUGCCAACUUGAUAGGCAGCAGUUCUAAUGCAGUUGCGCCGCUGAGGAGUGGCUCGACUGGGAUGGAACUGAUCAAAUAUGCACAAAAACGGCAGCCGCUGCAGCUGACCGGCCGUUACACCUCGUCUCAGGUGGAGAUCGAUACGGACCUGUCGACGGUGUUCAAUACGCUCAACGUCACCUACACACAAAAGCUAACAUCGCCAAAAUGGAACCCCUUCAAAGGCAUCCGACUGCGGUGGAAGGAAAAAAUUCGGCUGAACAACGUUAUCUGGAGAUGUUGGCACAUGCAAUUUAUUAUGAAACGAAAAACUCUAGUCUGUCAAUUUGCAUCUCCAUUAGACGUAGACGUACACAACACGCCUCAGGCAAUCCUACUCGAAGGAAAAUAUUGGAAGCGAAAGUGCAACGUUAUAAAGGCUGAGUACAAAAAAUGGCGCCGGUUUUACGUGAACAAGGCGCUCGGUGCUAACAACAUUGUAGAUACGACUAGCGAGCUAGAUUUUUUUGAAUGGUCACCUCACAGCAGCGAACCACUGUUUAUGAUUACAGAUAGUAUGCCGACUGAUACUCUUUUUUCCACUUUAUCACAAUAUCCGUUCCCAGAUUCCAGAGAGAUAGCACGUGGUGCUGGCCGAGCGGAUUUCAUCCAACCAAGUCUUGGACCGCUGCAACCAAAUUUCGACGAUUUGAUGGACCUUGAUUUGGACUUCCUCAACUUUCAGCGAUUGGCACCGGUUCCAGAGGAAGCUUCCGAGGAUAUACUUAGAGCUAUUGAGUACAGUUACCCUGGAGGUUCGAAUCAAAUAAGCAGUGGUAGUAGCAUCCAAGAGAUUACCGACUCCCCGGAAGGCAGCAAUCAGCAACCUUCACCACAGCUAGUACCUACGAGGACGGCUGGUAGUAACAGUUCUGUGAUAACCGGCCCUGGGACUUCCGCUGGCAUCAGUCAGCAACAACAGUCAUCAGUGUCAUCUAUUAUAGCGCCAAGCACAAUACAAUACUCCGCAAAAGUUUUCGCCCAAGGUGUCUCCGACAGCGCUGCGUCAGCAUCAUCAGUGAUAACUGUGCAACAGCAGCAACUGAACAGCGCAUUAGGCAAUUUUUUAGGUGUGCAGUUUGGCCAGCAGCCGGCCAUUGUUGUAAAUAACGUUCCUCUGGUGGGCUCUAUCAGUGAAAGUUCGAGAUCUUCUCCAGGUUCCUCUGACGAUAUCACCAAAGAUACCAAACCAAGGUUAUCGCGAUCUUUUCCUAGGCUUUUGGGUCGAGAGCCACACAACUACGAUAAAUGCCCGCCGACUACACAUCAGACUAUGGCAUAUAACAUUGUGUCGCAACCACAAAUGGACCCAAACAUGCAUAAUAACGCCUAUCCCGUCUACCAAGUUCCGCAUAGUGGCAUCAUCCAAAUGCCCGCAGUGCCCGACAAUCAAAAUUUAAUGAACUACAACUUACAGCAAACGCAACCCAUCAAUCCAGCUGCUAACGCUAUGAAUCUGACGAGCAGUUCCACCUCGGGUCUCGGUAACCAAAACCUCUUGAUGCAGAAUAUGAAUUCGAAGCUCCUAACCCACAGUCAAUCACUUCCAACGCAAAACCAGCCAGCCAACCAGAAACCGCAACCACGGUCGAUAUCAAUGCCAACUGCACAAAACUAUCCUCCUCCCCCUAUGAUGGUUCCGCAAGCGUUGCCUCCUCCCGGAAGUAUGAUGCACCAACCCCAACAGGACGUCUACAAAGGAUCGCUUCAUCCUCAAACCUCAAGUUACAAGUCCUACCAUGGUCACCAACCGCAACCGUACAAAAUUCCUUCCCAGAACCCGUUAUCUUAUGGCGGCUCUGGGCGUAGCAUGCGGCAUUCAUCGCCACCUCAUGGCCUCCAGCACCAGCAGCAGCAAAGUGGAAUGGGAAUGAGCCAACAGCCAUCCAUAGAGCAGUCGCACCAGCAGCUACAAGAUCUCCAGCAACAGCAGUCUUCAUCUCAGUCACCGCAUCAAAAGCGGACAUCACCGCAUCCAGUCAAAGAAAUGUUUCGCUCAAACAGCCUGCCCAUCAAUGCAACAUUCCCGUUGCCACCGAAGGAAGAGAAUUUCGCUGUCCCUCGGUAUCAGGCUAAACCAAGUCCCAAGCUGAGGAUGCGCAGCAAUUCAAUGGUCAUAAAACAGCCCGGCGGUAGCGGGAGUCCAGUAGCAUCGACAAGUGGAACAAACAUGGUUCCCGGUCCCAGUCUACAUGCUACUUCCAGCGAACCCGCGUUAAACAUGAAUAACAGUGCAUUGUUGGCGCAAUUGUUACAACCCACCAAUACGAGUACCUCAUUUAAUGUUAAGCAACAACCAACAACUUCGUGUGCCAUAAGUAACUUACAAACGUCGCAACAACAAUCUCAUCCAACAAUUGCUCAACAACCCCAUCAACAUCAACAUCAACACCAGCAACAUCAUCAACAACUUCAACUUCAACAACAACAACAAAAGCUUCAGCAACAACAGCAGAUUCAACAGCAACAACAACAGCUUCAACAACAACAACAACAACAACAACAACAACAACAACAACAACAACAACAGAUUCAACAACAACAACAACAACAACAACAACAACAACAACAACAACAACAACAACAACAACAACAACAACAACAACAACAACAGCAGCAACAACAACAACAACAACAACAACAUCAGCAACAGCCUGUCUACCAACAACAAUCUCCCAUGGCUAGUGCGUCUUUUGAUGCCUCCAAGCUGCGCUUUUGCAAACAUGUACAAAGCCCUCAGCAGCAGCAUUCUCCGAGCAGUACGCCACAUAAUUCGGUGCUGUCGUUUGCCUCCACUUCCUACACUAGCAUUUCCACUUCAAACCAAAGCAUGUCGACGUUCGACAGUGACACUCCGAUGUCUUCUGCAUCACACGAAGCCAGUUUGUGUAGCCCAUCUACUAGUCGCGGCAACCCAUCCACUAGCGCCGGUAUAGGGGCCAAAUUUCACCGAAGCGAAAAUCAGCGCCGAUCUGGUCACAUUCAUGCCGAGCAGAAGCGCCGGUACAACAUCAAAAACGGAUUCGACAUGCUGCAUUCGCUCAUUCCUAAGCUGCAGCAGAGUUCAAAUACUAAGCUGAGCAAGGCCGCAUUGCUGCACAAGGGUGCCGAGUACAUCAAAGAGCUGCGCCUCGAACGGGAGGCUAUCAUCGAGAUGAUGGAUACUCUUCGCCGGGAAAUCGAAGUGCUGAACAACUCCUUGAGCAACCUGCAAGCAUCGCUACCGGCCAGUGGCGCUCCAAUUUCACGCCAGAGGACGAGUCGCGUAAGAGACCUCUACCACGAAUACGUCAGGCACCGCACUAAUGAUAACUGGAAGUUCUGGGUUUUUGGUUUGCUAUUCGAACCACUGUUGAACACCUUCAACCAAACGGUGUCCGUUGCUAGUCUGGAUGAAAUGUGUCGGACCAGCCAACUGUGGGUAGAUCAGCAUUGCUCCCUCGUGGAAUUGAGACCGGCGUUCUCAAACAAGUUUCGCCACCUGUCAACGACGACAGACAUCCUGUCCGAACCACCAACGACUCUACGGGAAGAAGCGCUGAAGGCUAUCGCUUACAGUACUAGUGGUAAUUCGAAUCAAAACGGGGUUAACUUUCCGCGUCCAAGUACUAGUAGGUUUGCGGGUCCAAGCACUAGUAGUUUCGCGGGUCCAAGCACUAGUAGUUUCGCGGGACCAAGCACUAGUAGUUUCGCGGGUCCAAGCACUAGUAGUUUCGCGGGUCCAAGCAGUAGUGGCUUUCCGGGUCCCAGCACUAGUGGCUUCCAGGGUCCAAGUAGUAGUGGCUUCCAGGGUCCUAGCAGUAGUGGCUUUCCGGGUCCCAGCAGUAGUGGUUUUCCGGGCUCAAGCAGUAGAAGUACUCCGGGCCCAAGCAGUAGAAGCACUCCGGGCCCAAGUAGUAGUUUUGCGGGUCCAAGCGGUAGUAAUACUCCGUACCCAAGCGGUAGUAAUACUCCGGGUCCAAGCGGUAGUAGUACUCCGGGUCCGAGCAGAAGCAGUGCUCCGGGCCAAAGCGGUAGCAGUACUCCAGGUCCAAGCAGUGGUAGCAACACAAAUAGCCCCAAUCCAUCGUUUGGUGGCUUCAUGUAAGUCUGACUACAAAUUGUGAAAAAAUUGGCAUUGUAUUGACCAUCAUUUUAAUAAAUGAGAUUAUUGAGGUGAAAGAUAUCUGUGUGCCUUAGGAAGAAAAAUAAAUUUCUCCGAUUCGAAAAAAAUGUGAAUGAACCUCAAGAUAUGCGUAUGUGUGUGUGUUGCCGUCACAAUUUUCAUUGUUACCUGAGAUUAAAUUAUGUGACCAUUGAUUUCCACUAUCCGUGUUGCACAAGCAUCUGCAAGUUUUACUUACUACAGCACUUUUAUAACGUUUCAUGCGAUUCGAUUAACCGCCUACAGAUAGCAUUUGCUUCCGAUGAGCAUAGAUACUAGCUUCCAUCCGUCGAAUAGUUUUGUCCGAUGCUUACCAUUUUUUGGAACUUUAAUUUCAUGUCGUACAUAUCCUAGCUUUGAGUCGUAGAGAAUAAAAUUCUAAAUUUUAGCCAUACAUUUAAGUUAAACUAAGCUCGAAACGGGGACUGACAAGCAGUCGUCAUUUGUUAUGCAACCUGCAGAUAUUUGAGUGUGUAUAAUUGAGAUAAUGUAAUAAAGCGAAUUUAGUACAUAAUUAUGUCCGCUGUAAAAGUUACAGAGUGGGCUAAAAUAGUCACAAAGAGUGUUGCAGAAAUAGAUUUUACUACUGUUAUGUUUUUAACUUUUUUUUGUUUCAGAGAAUAACGAUUCAUAUUAAAAAUAUUACACUAGUUGUUAGAUGCCUAAGUAUAUAACAACAGAAAAAUAUAUUUUUGUGAAGAUUUUGAAAUAA